AUGUCUCUCAUCAAGGAGGUACCUCGUUUGGCCGCUAAAUAUGCAGUGGCUUGCCCUGGUCAAGGAUACAUUAGACCUCAAGGCUAUUUAACCCCAUACAAACAGUACAAGAAGGAGAUUAGUCCUAUUCUAGAAGAGAUCGACGAGUCCCUUGGGUUCAAGUUCACAGAUCACCUAUUUGAAGAGAACCCUGAUACGAAUAAUGUUUUCUUUAGGCACACCAGUAAUGCUCAACCAGCUAUAGUUGCUACAACAUAUGUGAUCCACCAACUCUACGAACAAAUCUACGGAGUCAACUUGGCCAAGGGAGCAUCAUUUCUCUUGGGACACAGUUUAGGUGAAUAUUCUGCCUUACUAUUGAAAGGAUCACUUACCUUCUCUCAAGUGCUACAAUUGGUUAGGAAACGAGGUGAGCUUAUGGAGAAAAUGUUUCCCUCAGAAGAGUAUGGAAUGUAUGCAGUGAAUCUUCGUCCUGCCAACUUUGAAAAAGUAUUGGAGAUCGUACAAGGGCUCGGGGUAUUGGCAAAUAUCAAUGGGAAAUUCCAGCUUACACUUCUGGGUCCAUUGGAUAGUGUAGAAGAGUCAAUAAAAGAUCUUACCAAUCAGAAGCUAAUCAUUAAAGGUGUAAAGUUGCCAGUAACUAUACCUUUCCAUUCAAGUGUCUUAGCACCAAUUGAAUCACAUUUAUUGGAUUUGGUCAACCUGUUCCCUAAGUUCCCAGAAGCUCUGCCUGAUCCUCCAUACAUCGUUAGCAACUUGGCUGGUCAUACUUUGGGUCCAGAUACUCUGACGGAGAUCGGAUCCACCAUUGCUGCGAAUCUGAAGCCUGUGCAAUGGCUUGCAUCUUUGGAAAACUUACUGCGCGACGGAGUCACCCAAGUUUUGUGUUUGGGUCCAGGUAAACCAGUCCAUGGACUUGUACUGAAGAGUGGACUUUUUGAAACUUUCUAUGUCGAUGCUGAUGCUUAA